AAAUGCGUUGAUGUUUGUAAGAAGUCCGUCCCUAAGUUUAGUUUGGCCACGGUUUACGGUUGACCGUUCACGGGGUUUCAUCGACCGCCUGUCAGAAGCAUCAUCUCUCGGACCCACCGGCCAUCUGCGGUCCUGUCCGUCAAUGGCUGAUACACCCGCCGUCUCCCCGGGUCCAACAAUUGUUACAGAUAAAGGUGGAGGCAGCGGGUCAAACCCAGACUACAUAGCGUUCGUCCUUGUUCCUGUUUUCUUCCUCCUGGGCCUGCUCGGGGUCGUCAUCUGCCACGUGUUGAAGAGGAAGGGCUACCGCUGCACCACUGAGGCCCAGGAUGGAGAGGAGGCGGAGUGCGUGGAGGAAAACGAGAGAGACCUCGAGCUGGGGGGAGACAUUAACGACACCUUCAGUGACAACAACGACACAGUUGGACAGAUCGUUCGCUAUAUCAUGAAAAAUGAAGCAAACUCAGACGCCCUGAAAGCCAUGGUUCAUGAAAACAGCAUCGACUCUGACGGUCCUCCAUUAACUCCAACUUCCCCCGGCACCCCGACUCCACCGAUGACUCCCGUAUCACCAGGCGCUCCUCCGGGAGCCGCCAAACACACCUGCAACCACCUGCACACCAUCGGCGGCCUGGGGGGUCAGAAGAACAUCUGCACGCGCUGCAGCCAGAAGAAAUGGCCGCUGAUGAGGAGGCCGUCGGCACGCAAGGCCGAGCAGCGCCGCAGCCACCAUGGGGAGGUGACGGUGCUGGCCGUGGGCAGGUUCAGGGUGACAAAGAUUGAAAAACCAACAAGGGAGAGGCGGACUCUGCUGAUAUCAGACUCUAACGGCAGCGUUCCUACUUCUCCUGUCGAGGCGGAGCCAAAGAGCCGGACCACGUCAGAGUCUCAGCAGCAGGAGCAGACAGAAGACUCAGACAAAGAGAAACGAUAGAAAUCAAGGUUUUACAAAAACAGGACAAAGAAAACAUAUUGACACUAAUAUAAACCCAAACACAAACAUUCAAACAUCAGCACAGGAGGAGAAAAAGAGACAUCCCUCCGUGUUCCAGCGCCGAGUGAGCUCAAAGUGCUGCUGAUGAGGGUGACAGUGGCAAAAGUGACACGCACAGUCACACAGGCCAGGUAUUUACAAGCAGGGGGAUAUCAUUCCAUUUUCCUCCUAUAUUACACGUAUAAAGUGCCUUGCUUUAGCUCAUUAAGGCAAGGCAACUGUUUGAUGCUGCUGAACUAUGUUGUGUGUACAUAAGAGAGUUUCAUCAACCAGUUAAGUGAUAAAAAACACCCAAGAAAACCUGCUCAGCUUGUCUGAGAUUAAAUAUUAGGUUGUCAUUCCCAACCAGGAAGCAGGAACAACCUGAUUAAGUGGUCACAGAACCAGGAAGUAGACUGCGUCAAUGCUCUCGACAAGCUCAAUAUCCUGUUGUGACGUGAACAUGUCAGCAUUAUAGCGGCACACGUUUCAGACCAGUUUCUUCAAAUCUGACCUCCUAAGAAGAAGAGAAUAAGGCAUUCCAAAAGAUUUUAAACAUACGGUUCACUCAGUGUUUGUCCCUUAAAGCGACAGUGUUAUUAAUUUAAAAACAACACAACCUAGUCUUCGUAUUUUCAUUUUGCACGUGUCAGAAAAUCCAAACCUGUAAAUCUACUUGUAUUGUUUAUCUUUGCCCCUUUGCUGCUUUAAACAUCACAUCUGAAUAUCAUCAGCGUAUAAACCUAUCUAGUUUAACAUUAAAGAAGUCUUAAAUGAAUGUACAUGAACCCUUUACCAUCAAUCUGAAGCCAUAUCAUGAUUUAAAAGGUUUGAAAUUUAGUGGUUUAUAAGACUGAGAAGCUUCUUAAGAAUUAAGGGAAACGUAAGACUCCUGUUUUGGGCACUUAAACAACUUAAUGAAGUCACUAUACCUCGGCCUUAGCUGAUUUGAUUUUUUCAUAAACUAUCUUAUGUGAGUGACUAAGCUUUCGAGUAUCUUUUUAGUAAAGACAUAUUCAUCAAAUAUGUAUUUUUCUCAGAUAUUUGGGUCAUUUUAGACUUUUUUGUGUCAACUUGUGAAUGUCAUAUAGUGCCUCAUUUUUUAAAAACACUGUUUUAUAAGUAAUAACAUGGGAGUUUGCUUUUAUUGUUGUGUAAUGAAAAAAGUAAAUAAAUAUGACUAAUACAUAUCAUA